AUGAGCCUUUCCCACAUCCUGGCGCCUGCGCCAAACGAGCCAGCACCUCCUCGACCACCGCCAGAAGCAUCCACCGCUAUGCCACCACCGCCGACAGCUCCUCGCCAUACCGAAGGCCCCGCUGCUGAUGCGCAAGAUGCGGCGCAGACUGACGAACAGGCUGGGAACGAGCCCAUGUAUACCUCCACGACCACAUCCACCAGACGCAACGCAAGCGGCAGUGUCUCUUCGGUGUACUCUGGUAACAAGAUUCGUCACUUGAAGAAAGACGAUGGUGUCCCGCUCUGGCGUGUGGACAUACAGUAUGACUUUCUCUGCGACGUGUUCGGUGACGAGACGAAGUGCUUCACAAAAUGCAGCGACGGCAGCCAGGGCAAUACCUUCGCCGAGAUUUACAUCGAUGCAAUGGCGAAGAGCAGCAAGUGUAGUAAGAUUCUGAAAGAAAAGCUGUUGCAGGAUACCCAAGGUGCUCUGGCUAUGGCCAUGGUCUGUUUGCUGGUCAAUGUGGGCAGGAUGAACACUACACUGAAUUUCUUUCCGGAGAUGCGAGCACAGCUACGCACAUAUCACUCAAUACCGGCACUUCAAGCACGUCAAGACCCCAAUGCGUACAAGCAGUUGCAGGAUGCUCCGCGGCUGAAGUCGAUAUUGAAGGGCGCCACAGAAGACCACCCGCAGCCCAACACCCUUGACGAGGUCAAGGCCGCGAAGAUACCACGCACCAACCCUGUCAACCUCAUAUUUGUGUUGAGCCAGUUUGCACCAAAGAUCAGCGAAGUCCAUUUCCCUGCUCCCAGAGACUUCUUCGACCUGGUCAUGAGGCCGAGUCUGAGCAGCAAAAGCAGAGCUAAAGCAUUUCUGUGGCUUAUCUGGUGGUAUCUGGAGAGCAACUUCGGGCACGAGGACACCCAGCGCAACCCAUUCGGACCAGGUCAGUAUGGCGAGGGUGACGAGGAGAGGAAUCUCAUUCCACUCAAAGUGCCAACCCUCGAGAGCCUCACCGAAGAGCAGGCUGCUAUGGAGAACGUCGACACCGAGGACGAGAAGCACUAUGGUGCCGUCAAGCGCAACGAACGGAUUGCAAUCCUGGCCAGCGAACCAAGCCCAGCAAUGACAGCACUGAAGCGCGCCAGAAAGGAGAAAGGCUUGGUCAGUGUCAGAGGCAACAACAACAACAUGCACUCGGAAGAUGAAGCUAGCGAAGCAGGCAUGCCAGCUUAUACCCACACUUCCGCUGGAAGAUCUAGUUUCAAGCAUGAGACUGCGAGCGACUACACGAGGUCUCCUUCUCCAGCGGCGAACCGCUACCAGGGAAAUGGCGAUAUGCGGAUCAACAACCUUCUCAACAACGAUGACAUGAUGUCGGAGACAUCACCUCCUCGUGGCGACAUGCUCAAGAAAGGGCCAGGCAGAGGUAAUUGGCGCCGCAACAAGCAAGACCCUUCCGCACCCAACUCCACAGACCGCACACAGCAGCCCCGUCUACUCCCGAACAAUCCGCUCGAUUUCGUGAACGAAGGGCUGAUUCAACCGACCACACCAGGCUACCACAACAUCGCCCCAAGCUCUACCAUGCCAUCUUCCUUUCACGACCAUGUACCAACGCCUUCGUACCAAGCGCAGAAACGCAAUCGCGGCGUCACGCAACAUCAAUCCGCCAUCAUGUCGCAUAGGAAGCAACAGAUUGACUACACUUUGGACCGCCGCAUUCGCAAGGUGCACAAACGUGCCCGCACGCAACGCGAGCUGGAAGGUCCCAUCUUGCGCGCCUGGAAGCGCAUCAGCGCCACGCCCGCCGACUACGACUCCGAAGAAGAGCAGAUCAAGACCCGUAAGGCGAGGGAGCGUGCCGACAAGGACGACGACUGGCGUCUGAAGGGCAGGGAGAAUCUCGAGACGGCGUAUGAAGAGGACGCAACCCGGAGACCGCACGUCUACCUCGCUGGCUACGCUCAUGCGCCGACGCAAGGUGAUCCAGAAGAUCUGGGCGAGGAGGCGAGGAGCCUUGCCAAAGCUUUCAACAGGGCGGGAAGAAGACUGGAGCGUUGGGACAACAGCACCGAGCCCGGUCGCGUCAUGCUCCGGCGCCGGCAGAUGCGCGCGCAAGGCUGGGGUCUUCCGCGCAGACGCAGCGGCGCUGUCAAGGCCGUCUCAGUAGGUCAGGACGGGUUCGAGGACGGCAGGGCGAGGCAGGUGAAGAGGCAUAGGAGCGGGACGGGGAGGGGCGGUGAGAGGUUUGAUGUGCAGCCGGACGAUGAGGACGGUGGUGGAGAAGGCGAGCUGGAUGAGGAGGAUCGCGAGUUGCUGGGGGAGGUGGAUGUGGAUAGUAGUGGGGAGGAGUAUGGAGGGGGCGAUUAUUGA